AAAAAUUAACAAUAAAAAGAAAAACAUUUAAAAACCCAAUAAAUACACUAUCAACUACUAAAAAUAAAAAAUUUUUGUUCUUAUUAUCAACCAGACUAAAGAAUCAUCAUAUUCAGCUUUUAAAUACUUCAUAUAUAAUAAAUAAAUUAACCAUAAUGAAGGUCUUUAUUAAAUAUUUAAUUAUAUCAACCCUUAGUUUUGUGAGUUAUUGCUAAAGCAAUAGUUGUGACUAAGUACUACUGCAAAGUAGCUUGAAUUUUUAUGAUUGCUAAUUAUUUUAACAAAAUUCUUUACUUCCUUCAGGUAACAAUAUCUUAAAGUCUUUUCGUAAUACUGUUUAAAAGGUUAGAAUUAAUGGUUGGUUUAAUUUGUUAGGAUAGAAUCAGUAAAAGUAUGUAUUGAUUGAAAUUAAAAAUCUUGGUUUAAACGUUUUUUAGCUCCUUUAUGAUUAACAGUUAAGCAAGUUCUAGGUUAAUAUAUUCUCUUCAUCCUAAUUAUUUUCUAAUUAAUAAGAUUCAAGUUAAUAAGCAUUAAAUCAAUCAUGGUUUUAUUUAGACAUAGGAUUGAAUUUAGCUGAUUAAGCAGGAAAAAUAUUUAUUUAUUAUAUAGUUUGGUCUAAUUAUAAUAUAAAUGGUUAAUAAAAGCUAAUUUAUAGUAAACUUUUACCAAGUAAUAUAAUUUAUUUUGAUAAUACAUCUUUUGAAGUAUUUGUUGCCCAGACCACUACAAUAGGAUAUUCAUUUGGUUGCGCUUUAAUAAAAUAGGUUGCAGCAUACAUUAAUUAAGCACUAAGUUCUAGCGAUAAUUUAGGAAACCUUAAUUUUUAGGAUCUCUCUCUUAACGCCUAAAUAAAUUUUAAUAUAAAUUUUUCUAUACAACCUAAUACAGGAGAUUAUCUUCUAAACUUAGUUGAUUAAAAUUAGAAAAUAAAAAUCUAAAAAAAUAAACUAACUGAAGAAUUUAAUAGCUUGCAUUCUGGAGAAAGUUUUGAAAUAGGACCAGUAAAUAUGUUUGUUAAAGAUGGUAUUAUACUUGCUUUUGAUCUAAAGGUGGUAGAAAGUGCAUCGAUAGUACCAAGCAAUAAUUUUUUAAAUAUUAAAAUAGAAGAUAAAGGCUUGUUAAAUGAUUACUAUUCUGUUCAGCUUUAGAGAGAUAGCAAUAAUCCAAAUCAGUUUAAUUAUUUAGAAAAAAACCAAAACUUUCCAUCAGGAAAUAAUGCUUUUACUAUUUAAAGUAAUACUUGGAUUAAGAUUAUCUUAUUCUUUCAUAUUUAAUUUGGUAGUAUCUAUAGAUAUCUGUAUAUAAACUAAUAAUAUUUAAGUGAUGUUUAGUAAUUAUCUUUGCCAUCAAAUGGGAAUUUAUACUUUUAAUUUUAGAAUAUUUAUUAAGCUUCUCAGCAAAAAAUUUUAUUCAGGUCGAUUAAGAUAUAUUAAGGGACAAAAGUCUUUUAAUGUGGUAAUUGUUUGAUUUAAUCAUAAUUGAAUGGAAGUGAUUGCCUUGUUUGUUAAAGUAACUUUAAGCUUCUUUAUAGUGAGUCUUCUUACUGUAUAGCAUUCAAUAAUCCUUGUCCAAAUGGUUUCAGUGAUUUAGAUUUAAAUAAUAGUUGUAUAAGAAAUGAUUAAGCAGUUUGCAACAAUAAUAACUAAUAUAAAUUUUAUGAUAAUACUUGUAGAUGCAUCGCAGGCUAGUAUUAUAAAUAAGGAAAUUGCUUUAAGUGCCCUAGCUAUUGCUUAGAUUGUCAAGACGAAAAUACUUGUAAGUAAUUUAAAGACUCAGUGAGGAAUUAAUAAACAAAUGUAUGCCCAUCUGCUUACUUUGAUGAUGGAUCAAUAUGUAUUUUACGAAAUAGUUAAUUUAAUCUGCCUAAUAAAUAUAACUUUAUGCUAAAACCUCCAAAAUUAGAUACUGGCUGUAAUGACAUUUUUGCAACUCCAGAUUGGGACAGUUAUUUAGUUUAAAACGAUGCUCUUUAAAUUUCUAAAUAGUCUUCUUCUUUUAUAUUUGGAAUUAGAUUUAUUAUUUAUAAAACUGAUAAAAGUGCAGGUAAAACAUUUACUUUAGGAUUUUUGAGGACAUCAAAUUACAAUGGAGAUGUAUUUUUUUUAAUGGCUUAAUAAGGUCCUACAACAGGCUUUGGAUAUAUUUAAAUUUACUUUCUAAAUAAGCUAUAUAUUAGUAUUCCUUGCGUAAUUGGUUAACCGAUGUGGCUAAGUUUUGUUACAGAUUUAAAUUAUUUGAUAGUUCAGACUGUAACUUCUCUAUAACCUAUCCAAACCUAUAGACUCUAUCUUUAAAAUUAAAUUCUAGAUAAUUUAUAAAAUCCUAAAUUUUGGUAUGGAGUUGGAAUGAGCAAAUUUAUAUCUUCAGACUAUUCUAUGUGUUCUUUUUUAUAUCCUUACACUCUAAUAAUCUAAAUUUAAAAUAUUAUGAGCCUAAAAGACUAAGACGUGUUUGAAUUUAAUAAUGAAGGCAUAGUUACAUUUUAUAGCUACAAUUUUAGCUAGUAAAACUCAAAAAAUUAACAAAAUAUAAAAGAAUUUUUUUUUGGAUCAGAUAAUAAAUUAUCAUUUACUAAUCUUCCUUUUAUUUGUGAUCAAGUGAAAGGAAUUUCAAUUACCAACUCUAAUCAAGGCUAAUAUUUUUUUGAUAUUACAAAAUUACAUUUUUUCUUCUUUAUGUGCUCGAUAUACAUAAACUAAAUCCAACAUAAUAUCCCUUUAUUUUAAGUAAUUUAUGAUCAAAGUAAUUUAAAUUAGAUGCUUCUGUCUUAUAGAAUUUUAUAUUCCAGCACAGAAAAUAAAGCUCAUUUAGAAGUAUGUGUUGUGCCUACAUGCUAAGUAUUGUAUAAUACAAUACGAAUAAAUGAACCUAAUUUUAUAGUGAUAAGACAUGAAAAUUAAGCUGAAAAUUGGAGAAUCAAUAUCCCAUAUACAUAAAUAUUAGUUAUAAUUAAUUAUUAGAAAAAAUUGUUAUAAUUUGCUUCAACUUAUCCUUCUGGCUUAGAUUUUUCAAAAAUAACAGCUUAUUCUAAUUUAUCAAGCAAAUCUGAAAAUGAAGAAGUUUUAUACUUUUUAAAUAACAUUAAAAUAUUUUCAGGAGGAUAUUUAUAUAUGGAUUACUCUGAUAAUAAUGAUUGUUUUCUUUUUGUUAAUAGAACUAACUUUGGAUGUUUAGUUCCUAAGCUAGGUUAUGCCUUAUAAGAUAAUCAAAUAAUCCCAUCUACAUCUUGCACACUCUAGCCUUUAUCUAAUUCAAAUACUUAAUUUUACUAUAAUCCUUUAACUUUUAAAUGUGAAGAUUCCUUUAACUACUUUGAGAAUUGCAUAAAUAUAGACUACUCUAAUAUAAAUAGCUGUAAUAAAUGCAUAGAUCCUAAUAUGAUUAUAAUUAAUGGAAAUUGUAAAUGUUAGUCAGGGAUGUUUUGGAACACUAAGCAAAGAAAGUGUUAAAUUUGCUCUUAAAUGUGUCUUGAAUGCUAAGAUACUAAUACAAACUGUACAAUUUGUAGAAAUAUAUAAGGCACACCACCACUUUGCUAGUGUCCUUAACUUAAUUAAUAUCUGGAUUCAAAAUUUUAAUGUUAAUAAUGUCAAGCAAAAUGCUCCUCUUGUUAAUAUAGUUCAGAUAACUGUUUAGUAUGCUCAGUAAAUAGAUUGCUUAAGACUUAAUGCUAAUGUGAUUUAAAGUAUUUCAAAUUUUAAAUUGAUGUAAAUCAACCAUGCUAAGAGAUAGACUGUGCUUUUUAGUGUAUAGGAUGUACCUAUUUUGAAGAAAAUUGUAAAUUGUGUAGAGGUAAUAGAAUAAAUGCACCAAUUUGUAAUUGCCCAGAAAAUUACUAUGAAGAAAAUCCUAGAAAAGAAAAUUGCUUGUCUUGCCCAUCUCAUACUUAUUAUGAUUAAAAACAAAACCAAUGUUUAUAAUGUGAUGAAAGUUGCUUAGAAUGUAGAGGAGGUACGUAAACUGAUUGCAAAAAAUGUGCUUUUGGGUUAAUAUUAACUUCAAACAAUGAAUGUAAAUGCCCAUAAGGAUAAAGUCCUUCAAAAAAUAAAAAUUAGUAAAUAAUUUGUUAUAGCUACUUCAAUUUAGAAUUUGGAAUUUCCCUUAAAAGAAUUUUUUACUUAAUAGAAAUAAAAUUUGAAUAAUAAAUUGAAGGAAUAAUAGAUAAUGCUAUUUUUGUUAAUAAUAUAAAUAUCAUUUUAUCUGAGGUUCCUGUGGAGCUGUAUUCAUAUACCUUUUACAGCUUUGACCCUCUGAAAUCAAUCUUGAAGAUUUAAUUGAUAGUUAAUAAAAGCUUUUAAGCUAUUUAUGGAUAUUUAAUAUUUAAAACAAAUAAACCUUUUAAAAAUGAUUCUAAUAAAGCUAUAUUGAAUCCUAUUUAUACUAAAUAACCUUUAUUUUUUGAAAUUGGGCCUUAUUUAUUUAUUUUGGAUGAAACAAAUAAACAAGCGGUUAUUAAAAUGGGGGAUAGCAUUGAUCAAAUUGAAGGAGGAGAUUAGAAUUUAUUAGAUUUUGCAAGAAAUAUAUAGUUUCUUUUCUAUUUAUUAAAUUCACUCUAGCCUAUUGCAAUGUUUUUGUUAGUUAAUGCUAAGCUUCCUUAAAAUUUUUAUACAUUUCUUUAGCUUUUUUCAACAUUUAUUUUUAAGAGAGUACCUGAUUAUUAAGUAAAAGAACAAGUUUAUAAUUUUACACUGCUUGGGAAUUAAAUUUCCAAAUAAGAUUAUAUCGGGCCAGGAAAUUAAGUAUUUAUUUAACUUGCAUUUAGUGAUGCUCUAUUAGUGAAUACUAUUUUUAUUUUGGCAAAAUAUGUUCUUUUAUUUCUUACAUACAUGAUAUUAAAAAUGGUAUAAACUUUCUAUUUUUAAGAAAAAUAUAAUUAUUUCUAUUACAAACCAGAAGUUACUGCUGAAAAAGUUUAAAUUAUUUAAAAUAAACCAAUAAUAUAGCUAAUGAAGUAACCUCAUUCAAAUAAAGUUAUGCAAGAGCUGAAACCAGAAUAUAUACCCGAAUCUUUAAAUAAAAAUGCAUAAAUUAAAAAAUAACAACUCUUUAAAGCAGAGUAGUUCCUAAUAUAUAGGAUGCUUCAAGAAAAUGAAAUUAACUUGCUUAUGGUAGUUUUUUGUGUUAGUAUAUAAUUCAACAAAACAGACUAAAGCAUUUGGCUAAGCAGAUGGAGUUUCUACUUAGCUUUGAUUUAUUUAGCUAUAUAUAUCACAUUUUUUAUAAAUUAUGUGAGAAUACUUAAUGGAAAAGACGAGUAUUUAAUAAAAUUAUUUACAAAAGAAUAUGAUGAAAGGUUAACUUAAAAAAGAAAUGACUAUGUCUUCAUUAGAAAAAAUUACCAUGCAUUAGGAAUGCUUAAGAAAGUUAUAUUAGUUGUUUCUAUUUAUUUUUUAGUAAAUUUUCCUAUGAUUAUAAGCAUUUUAGGAAUAACUUUAAACUCAUUCUCAUUAAUUUUUAGUCUGAAAGUUAUGCCCUUUAAAAAAAUGUACCAUAAUAUCAUAAAAAUCAUAGGAGAUUCAAUCCUUAUAACUUUAUGGUGCUUGAUGAUAUAUUUUAUUAGAUUCGAAUUAGAUCAUAAGAGAUAGAUCGAAAUUCCCCAAGAUGAGGUAGACAGAUUUAUCUUUGUUGGAAAUGUGGCAUCAAUAGUUGUAUUUAUUUUAAAUAUACUUUAUCUUACUUAGUUUAUAUAUGAUAAUAUCAUAUAUUAGAUAUGGUCUUUUUUUAAUAAAAGAAAGAUUUGCAUAUCUAAGAAAAAUUAGCAAUAGUAACGCUCCUUGAAAAAGUAACCAUAAAAAUAAUAAAAGGAAGCUUAAAAUAAAGUUUCUUUACCUUAAAUCUAACUAAUUGAUGAUAAAAAAUAUCAAAUUUAAAUUAAAAAUGUUUCUCCCAUUCACAUUAAUAAACAAGUUUCAUCUACAAAAUCAAAAAAAUAGUCUAGAAACCUCGAUUAAUUAGUACUCCUUUGAAAAGUAAUUUAAAAUAACUAAUUUAAAUAUUAUUGUAACCAUUUAUGUUUAGUAAUUAAGAUGAGAUUUUUAUUCUUAGAUUAAUAAAAUGAGGAAAUUUUAAUUAUUUUUUUAUUUUGAUGAGCAUUAAUGUACUGCUAUAAAAUAAAAUACAUAAAUAUUUUAAAUAAAUAUAAUAUUUGAUUAAGUAACUCA